UGAGCGGAGUGCACGAGAACCUGGCGCACGCGGAAGCACCGACAGUGUGUUUGUUUUAUUUUAUAUUAUUGCGUUUUAAUUUUUACUUUUAUAAUAUACUCUUUUUUUUUUUUUUGGAAGGCUCGCGCUUGAUUUCCCCGAGCCCGACGCAUGAGGCACGGUAUGAGCGCAGAGCUCAGCGAGGACGCCGCGUGCUCGGCUCAGCGCGCCCCGAGCCUGCCGUUCAGCGUGGACGCGCUCAUGGCUCGCGCAGGGACCAGGACUCCCGCGGAAACGCCUCGCUAUGGCAGCGGGCGCUCGACGCUGCUCUACGGGCCGCCCGUGCCCGAGGACUGCAUCCCGUCGUCGCCCGUCAAGUCGGCAGCCUCGGAUCGAGACGAGGCGUCCUGGCCCAAGUCAGCGUGCUCACCUCAGCCACGACACCUUGGACCGAGCACAUGUUCUCUCAGAAAGCACAAGACAAAUCGUAAGCCUCGCACACCAUUCACGACGGCUCAGCUCCUGGCGCUAGAGCGCAAGUUCCGUCAGAAGCAGUACCUCUCCAUCGCAGAGCGUGCUGAGUUUUCCAGCUCGCUUUGCCUGACUGAAACACAGGUAAAAAUCUGGUUCCAGAACAGACGUGCCAAAGCCAAGCGACUCCAGGAGGCCGAGAUGGAGAAGCUUAAAAUGGCGGCCAAGCCCUCUGCGCAUUCGGGGCUCUCUUUCACGUUUCCUCUUGGCAGUCAACCACAGGGAGCAGCAGCACUCCUCUAUGGACAAUCAGGACACUUUCCUUUUCGCAGAUACAUGCUCCCCAUGCCUCCACUUGGGAUUUACUCUACACCUUUGUCCUAUAGUAUGUAUCAUUUGUCCUGAGUGGCAAUACAGUAUGGAUUUUUUAUUCCAACCAAACUGAAGACUGUUUGUCAGUGCCUAAACAUCUUUGCCCACUGGGCUCAUUUGUAAUCUAAAUAGUGCAUCAAGUGGCGAAAAAACAACAAAGCCAACAACAAAAAGGCUGUUUUUUUUUCUUUUGACCUAGUUGUAGUUUUAUUAAACUUUUGAAACAGAUGUCAUUAUCCCCACAUAAACACAGGAAGAAAAUCCUUACUGGCCACAGUUUGGGGAGGCUGUGUCGUAAUGCACCUUAUUCUUAAGCCUAUGCAGGUUCAGAUGCUGGAUAUACUGAACUAUAGUUGAUAAAAUUUAACAGUGUCAUUGUUCUUAACAUUUAAACGGAAUUUCUUAUUCACUUGCAUGCUUCACUUUUUGUUUUGGGGUCAAUUCAAAAAGUGUAAAUUAACCCUGAACCAUUCAUAUCAGACAUACAGAACUCUUGUGUAGGAAAUCAGUAUUUUACAUUUUUAAGAAAACAUAUUUUAAAUCAAAACAAUUAUAAAGUUCUAUUUUGUACUUUUUUCCUCAGUGCUAACUUAAACUUACAAACCCAAAUAUGUUGAUUACACGAGCUCUAUAUAGCCUUUAUAACCUUGUGUAGUGAUCACAUGAUUAUAUUUAUAUGAGGAACAAAUGUACAAUAAUGUUUUUAUAAUAAAAUUUUUUAUUCUCAUUAAAUGACACUUUCAGAUGAAACAUGGUGCAUUUAUAUAAAAUAUGUAGCCUGAUGUCACAAGCCAAACCAGGCCAAUCUAAGGGAAAGACAGUAAAAAUAAAAUUACAAAACCAAGACAUUUAUAAAAUCUGGAUUAUAGUUAAUUAUUUCAUUGCGGCCAAUGAUGCAAUAAUUGAGAAUGUGAGAUAAGCUCGACCCCAAAGGCUGUAGGGUUGCUAAUGCUUUUUAAAUUGAGCUGCUGAAAAGAGGCUUUUAGGCAUUUGCGCCUAUAAUCUUUUGAAAUGUUGAGGCUGAUCUGUAUGGCUCUCUUUUUUCAUCCUGGUGGUCUUGGGAAAAGUUAAUUAAACGGUGUCAUUACAUGACGUACUGAAACACUGGGUCUCUCUCAAAGCUAUUCAAGCUGGUUAAACUCCCUCUGUGUGUAAGCACAGGAAUGUGGUUCCCUGUUGAGUAUGACAUGUUGAUCUUUUCAUCUAUUGUCAACACUGUAGAACCAAUUUACUGUCUACACCCUGUCCUACACCCUGACUGUUAUUAAGCAUGAAUUAAAACUAAUAGUACAAUAACAGCUAUGUAUUCAAAUUAGUCAAGGCCAUACCAGGGCUUGUAGGCAAAUUUUCUGAGAUAUUUACAGUAGGUUGCAGUUGUUGUUUUGCAUGUAUUUAAGGAGUGCUCGCUUAAG